GACCUGUUCAAUGUAAGAAGAAGAAAAGAGAAGAGAAAACGUUUCCUCUGAAGACUCAGUCAGAUUCAAAAGGGAGUUAAUGCACUAUGGUGGCGUCCGUGAUGAACUUACCGUACAUCAACUGUCAUCUCUGGAGCCUGUGGUGAUGGCUUUAAAUAUCUUCUAAUUGGCUGGAGACAACAAUCCUGGAAAUGUCAUUAGCCAUGGAUGAGACUGCAGGUGAUCUCCCAGUGAGGGAUAUUGGCCUGAGAGGAGGGGUGAUGGCAGUCAUGCAAGAUUCCAGUCGAGACAUGAGACAGUUGCGGAGGCCUCAGAUUUUUAAGAUUAAAGCUUCAGAUCGUCAGCGGAUUUUUUCUGUACCACGGGAACAACUGGAGGACCAAUGUUUGCGACUGCAAGAGGAAAAUACUCUCUUGAAGCAACACACUCGGGCACAAGAAUUGAAGCUGCGCAGGCUUUCUACCCAGCUGCUCCGUCUGAGGGAGGGCAGGCCAGGUACUGCUGUGGGAAGGGACAGAGAGACGGAGGAUGCCAUCCAGGAGCUGGAGGCCCGUGUGGCUACUCUGGAGAGCCAGAAGACUUUACUACAGAACAAACUCAGCCUGGCCAGGCAGCAUAUACUGGAUAUGGGAGGCCGUGGCCCCUCUCGUUUGCAUAAAGGGGGUUUGAUUAGUGAGGGGGAAGUUCUGCAUCCAGGGCAGACAUCUUAUCGAAACAAACUUAGCCUUCUGGAGGAAAGCAGAGGAGACACUGAGAGACUCAAAUCUAACAUGCUUGAAACUCAGCAGGCGAGAGCUAGUAAGAUGGAACAGGCACCACAGCCUCUUAAAGACACUGAAGAAAGUAUGAAAGAAAUUAAGAAACAACAAGCAGAUGGACACAGGCUGACCAUCAGGGAAAACAUAGACUUUAUUCGCCUCCAGAAACAGCUAUCGGACAAAAGUGCUGCGCUCCUGUUGAUACAGGAGAAAUUCAACAUGCUGCAAGAGACAUAUGAGGGCCAUUUACGAGAGGGUGAAAAGGCUCUUCGAGAAAGUCAGGAGACACUCUUGGAAAAGGUGGAGGAGCUGAAUAUCCAACUAAAAGAAGAGACACAGAGAAGGCUGACUUUGGAGAAUCAGCUGGCCACCGCCAGCAUGUCAUUACAAAGUCAGGAGGAGCUCAAGGAACGUGUUUCGUAUCUGGAGGAAGAGCGCAAUAUCUUGAAACAAUCUUACAACACACUAGUGGAAAGUACUCUUUCAACACAAGGCCAGAAGGAGAGGUCACUGGAAAAAGAAAGCACAACAGAAAAGGUUGGGCUGGUGGUCUGGAAACAGGACACACAGAGGCUGGAUGAGACGUUUUCUGCUGACACUCAAGACAAAGACAUGCUAAGAGAAGAGAAGGAGAAGAUGAGAUUGGAAAUCAGAAAGCUGGAGGAAGAGAGGAAACACGAAAGGGUUCUGGUGGAAGCGCUGCGGGAGAAACACAGCCGAUUAGAGAAUGAAAUUCUGAUGCACAGAAAAGAGGUGACAAUACUGCAAGAGAGACUGGACUCUGUGACUCAUGUGUUUGACAUGAGUGUUGAAGACCUGAGUGAAAUUUUACUCCAAAUCAAGGCCUUCAGGCUUCAACAGGAGAGCCAAGAGGGGACACACAUAUUGGGCUCGAAGGGAAAAGGGGUAGACCAGUCUCGUGAUAAGGCCAGUCUACAGGCGUCUUAUGCUGAGACAGUGUUUGAACUGCAUAAGACUAGAGAUCUGCUUUUGGUACAACACAGGAUCAGUAAUGAUCUACAGACUGAACUAAACAUGGUCAUUCACAAAGCUGAUACUGAGAAACAACAGCUUCAGAAAAAAGUGGCAGAGAAAGAGAGAAUGCUGAAAAACAGAAUGAGACAGAUAAUCACAUUACAGGCUCAGCUCAGAGAACUGGCAUACAGUCCUAAAUUCUACAAACGUUCCACACCAACAGAGUACAUGUGGCUAGAAAAAGAUCAAGAGAAUGUGUUUCCAGUCGAGGAGGAUAAUGCAGUCUUUCAGUUGCGAAGAGGAGAGUCACUACUUGAGGUUCAUCUUCGGGGGGCCACCUUCACCCCCCUUGGUCUACGACUCAUGGGACAGACACAGUCAAAAGAACGUAAAGUACUCACAGAGGUGACAACCUUCUGCACAUAUGCUUUGUUGGAUUUUGAGACACAUUCAACACCACUGGUCACUGGAGUCCAGCCCAACUACGGCUUCACCUCUCGUUACGCCUUGUCCCCCUCGGACUUAGCGAGACUUGCCGCAUUGGGGGGCAUUGUCAUGACAGAUCUUCACCAGAAGCUUGGUGGGGUGCGUUUUGUCACCUGUGGUCGAGCACAGAUUUCCUUGUUGGAUGCAAUGGAACACAGAGGGGAGCAACUGAGUGGUACAACAAACAUUACAGGAAAGGAUGGGGCAAUCCUUGGGGUGCUGGAGUUCUGGGUACGACUUUACCCGCCCACUGGAACAAGGAAGGCUGGGCUGGAGAGAGCUGCUGCCAGACAGCUGGCGGAACUAACAGGACCCAGAAUGACUCAGCAGCCACAGGACUGGAGAGAACACGUCCAUGAGUCACAGGAGCUGGGGAAACAUGACACAGGAACAUCAAAUGAACUGGAGGUUGUGCUAGAUCGCUGUACUGGUCUCAGAGCACGCUGGCCGGAGCAACCUCCUGAUGCUUACUUAACCUACCAGCUGUAUGACCUGCCUCCUCAUUCCUCUCCUGUCAUACACUGCACUUCAGAUCCUGUGUUUGAGGACGUGGCAAAUUAUCAAAUGACUGUAACCUCAGAUGUGUGUGAGUACCUGUGUUGCAGCAAACUGUGGGUUUACCUGUACGAUGACCAUGAGGAUCAGAUGCCACCUGCUUACCUGGCCAAGACAUCCAUCUCGCUGCAGGCCCUGGCAACUGGUAGACCAAUUAAAGGAGAUUACACACUAAGGGACUCAGCCGGAGGUACCAGGGGGAUCGUUCGAGUGUCACUGAGAUGGAAGUAUCCAUUCCAGCCAGUGAAAGCAAUGCAAUAUCACAGAGAGAGGGAUCAGCCAGAGAGGGAAAUGCCAAAAAUCAAGAAGAGGGAAUUGGUUGACAAAGGACGAGAUGCAACAGUGAGGCCAAUUGCAAAACCCCGGUUGAAGGAAGCCAGCAAAGUUCAGAAAAAGGAGGAACAGCAAGAUGAUGAAAGCAGCAAAGAUGAGGUGUCUGAAGCUUCAGAAUCUGACAAAUCAAGAUCCUCCAGUAGCAGUGAUGUCAUCAUUAUUCCACCCUCAUUGAAACCAAGGAGAAAGGGGGACAAAGUUAGGGUGGAGAUUCUUUCACUUUCAUUUGAUCCUAAUUCCCGGGUUGCCAUGGAUCAGUCUGUACAACGUGUGUAUGUAGAAUACCGUCUCCUCGGCGUUCCUAUGGAAACCACAGAGACACCACUUUCUCUUCGGAAGCCUGUUGAUGGAGAGGAAAUUCAUUACAAUUUCCUAAGGGUGAUCUACGUUGACAGUGUAGACUCCACACCACUCAGGCACUACCUGUAUACUAUGUUGGAGGGAACGGACCCAAAUAGAGGAAGGCUGAAGUUCACUGUUGUGAGUGAGCCACUAAAUGAACAAGAGGAAUGUGUUGAUGUUGGAUAUGCUUAUCUGGAUUUAAAGGAGCUACUGUUAACUGGGAAUGACAUCACGGAGAAGCCAAUUGAUAUUUUAAGCAUGAGUGAAGACGAAGAGGUCAUGGGUCAACUUAAAGUCUCCUUGGAAGCAGCUACAGCCUUAAGUGGGAUUUACCAAGAAUACUUCAAAAGAGAAGGAGAUGAGAGUGAAGAAUUGUAAAGCCUAUGUUGAGCCUAGAGUUAACCAAGAGGAGCAAUUUUACAUACCGGUAUAUGAAGAGAGUAUAGGCCUAUCUGAAAAAUUGCACAAAUCUCAUAAAUGAAAAUACUCAGUCACAACCACUUUUAGGAGGAUUUAUACUUGAUGAUCGAGAACCGCCAACCAUGUUUCUUUUUAGAAGUCAUUCUUUGCUGUGCUCCACACUAAUAAUCAACCAGGGGUGCGUUUCCAAAACCAUAGUUGCUAACCUGUUAGCAACUUACGUUGGUUGGGAAUGGGAAAUUGCAUUGCAACCAACAAAGUUGCUUACUAGUUAGCAACUAUGGUUUUGGGAAACGCGCCCCGGGAUAGUGAAAGGGUUAAAGGCCGAUGUAAGGCUGAUCUCAUUUAGCUAGGUAGAUGCUGAAUAGAACACAAGGUUAAACACAAUUCUGUUAUUUAUUUUUUAUUGCAAAACCAGUUUGUGAAUGCAUCGUCAAUAAACAGUUUUUCGAUAAAAAGU